CAUUUUCGUUGAUUUGAAUAAUUUAUUAGUUAUUUGGUUUGAGACUGCAAUAGCUAAUUAUACUUAUCGAAUACGCUGCUGGGAGCGAUGACAACACGUACGCAACUUGAAUUUGGCGUGCAUGCCUGCCGAUCUUUUGCUUGAUGGGCAUCGAGAUGGCGGGACGCCCAUCAUAACGAUCAAGUUCUUGUAGCAAGUCCUUCCGCAUAUAUAUAUAUAAGAAGUUAUCCCAGCUAGAAUCAACAUCAUGAUGCGUCUUGGUAUUGGAGCGUUCUGUGCACUGGUGCUGACGGUGGCACCCUCUGAGGCGUGGGUUAGCCAAAGGGGACCGUCGGCAGCGAAGACACCUGUUGUCGAGAAAUCUCCCAGUCCUCUGGUUGAGAUGGGACAACAACUUGCGACUGUGGGCUUCGGAUGCUUCUUGGCGGCUGCCGCCACCUUUGGUGCUGCAAAUCCUGCCUUUGCUGAUGCCGGGAAAUUCUCUUAUGACCCCAACCUUGGGGGCCCUGAGGUUUGGUCCGGUUUGAAGGUCGAAGGAAAUCAGUGCAGUGGUACCAAGCAGAGUCCCAUUGCCAUCCGACCAACUGCUUGCAGUGUUGGUGCCAACUACGAAAUGAAGCAUGGCACUUGUGCGACGUCUGAUCUGGAAUACGCCCUUGGUAGAAACGGCCCAAAGGCAUCCUUCCCCAAGGUAUGUGAUGGAACAACCCUGAAAAUCCCAUUCGUCGACGGCACAUUCCAGGCUGUUCAGUUCCACAUGCACAUUGGGUCAGAACACACCCUUGGAGGAAAGGCCUUUGAGUCUGAGUUCCACAUUGUCCAUAAGCAAAUUGAUGGCGACCGAUUCGCCGUUGUUGGAAUCAUGCUAACUGGUGAUGCUAAAACCGACAAUCUCAAGUUCCAACGUCUUUUGGAUGGAUGGGACCAAGUAGCCCAAAAGAAGGCCAUUGACUGUGGAGAUGAAGUGCUGAAGAAAAAGGCCCGUACUGUGACCGAAGAAUUCAAUGUCUACGACCUUAUCCCCCCCUCUGCCAACUUUUACGCGUACGACGGUAGUCUCACAACACCCCCUUGCUCCGAGGUUGUCUGGUGGAAUGUGGCAGAUGUUCCUCUUUCUAUUUCCCGAGACCAGAUGGACCAGCUCAUCAAGUACACCACCAAAUACGUGGACCCCAAGACUUGUGAAUUGGAUCCCUCUGCCUCGCCAUAUGAUGGAACCACCAACCGACCCACCGCCCAAGACAGUGGCGCUAGGAAGGUCAUUCGCAUUUGCCCCGUGAAUGCAUUCAGCUAGACUGGCGAACUACAUAAAUGUACCGGUGUCCUUUCAUCCGCUAGCAACAUGCGUACAUACGUACGCAAGGAUUCUACCGUAUGCUUUAAAAACACAAUGUAAUUGUCCCAAUCAACCAAAGUUUGACGUCCGUGUGCAGCCAACCGGUGAAGCUGUGUACUAUGCAUACUUACUGCAGU